GCAGCUCUGUUUGCCAAAUCUACAAGGCGGCCUCUUCGGCUCUUAAUUUUUAAUUAAACGGAAUUUUAAUUGUGAUAAAUAAAAUGUGUAUGGCUAAAAGCACUUGACAAGCGAGCACAUAAAGUAAAUCGUUUAAUAUUUUAUGCUUUCGAGUUUCUUAGUUUAGUGAUUGAAAGAGGAAACCUUCGGGAAGGCGUGCAAAAAAACGCCGCUGUGUGCAAGUGGUGGGAAAGCGCAAUGCUUUUGGCCGCAACAAAAGCAACAGCAUCUCAGAUGACGACAAGUCCAUGAGGACAACACAUGGCGAGAGCAGUUAGCGCAGGAUACGGCAACAGGAUAUUAAACAUAAAUCGUGCCAGCAAAAGAUACGAUGGCGGCCAGCGCAGCAACCGCUCUCACGGCGACAACAGCAACGACGGCAUCGGCAGCAGCGAGCCGUGAAUUUGUCGAAGGCUGGACUCUGGCUCAGACUCUAGGCGAAGGAGCCUAUGGCGAGGUCAAAUUGCUGAUCAAUCGGCAGACGGGCGAGGCGGUGGCCAUGAAAAUGGUGGAUCUAAAGAAGCAUCCCGAUGCUGUGAUCUCGGUGCGCAAAGAAGUCUGCAUACAGAAGAUGUUGCAGGAUACGCACAUCCUGCGCUUCUUUGGUAAACGUUCGCAAGGCAACGUGGAGUACAUCUUCCUGGAAUACGCAGCGGGCGGUGAACUCUUCGAUCGUAUUGAACCUGACGUUGGCAUGCCACAGCAUGAGGCACAACGCUACUUCACACAACUACUGUCGGGACUGCAGUAUUUGCAUCAACGCGGCAUCGCGCACCGUGAUUUAAAGCCGGAAAAUCUGCUGCUCGACGAGCACGACAAUGUGAAAAUCUCAGACUUCGGCAUGGCCACAAUGUUUAGAUGCAAGGGCAAGGAGCGUCUGCUGGACAAGCGAUGCGGCACAUUACCCUAUGUGGCACCCGAGGUCCUUCUAAAGCCCUACCAUGCACAGCCAGCUGACAUUUGGUCCUGUGGCGUCAUACUGGUCACAAUGCUAGCGGGAGAGCUACCUUGGGAUCAGCCAUCAGCGACCUGCACAGAGUUCAUCAACUGGAAGGAAAACGAUCAUUGGCAAACCCAGACACCUUGGAGCAAACUGGAUACGUUGGCCAUCUCAUUGCUACGCAAGGUGCUGGCAAGUAGUCCGGGUUCUCGUCUGACGCUCGAGAAGAUACUCGAUCACAAGUGGAGCAACAUGCAGUUUGCCGAACAUGAUCGCUCGUAUGAUCUGGUCGAUUCGGCAGCUGCCCUGGAGAUUUGUUCGCCCAAGGCCAAGCGACAACGGCUGCAGUCGAGCGCACAUCUCAGCACCAAUCUGGAUGACUCAAUUUCCCGCAACUAUUGCUCACAACCGAUGCCCACGCUUCGCAGCGAUGAUGAGUUCAAUGACAAGGAUUGUGGCAAUAACCAGGCGGAUGGCGAUCGACAGGCCUUGGUGCAGGAGGCACGUCUGACCUAUUGCUUCUCGCAGCCCGCCAUGCUGGAUGAUUUGCUGCUGGCCACGCAAAUGAAUCAGACACAGAGCGCAUCACAGAACUAUUUCCAGCGCUUGGUGCGUCGCAUGACUCGUUUCUUUGUGACCACACGCUGGGAUGACACCAUCAAGCGUUUGGUUAGCACCAUUGAACGACUCGGUGGCUACACAUGCAAGGUGAGCGACGAGGGCGUCGUCACUGUGUCCACCAUCGAUAGGCGCAAACUGCGUCUCGUGUUCAAGGCGCACAUUAUCGAAAUGGAUGGCAAAAUACUUGUGGACUUCCGACUGUCAAAGGGAUGCGGCUUGGAGUUCAAGCGUCGCUUCAUUAAGAUCAAACAUGCUCUCGAGGAUAUCGUAUUAAAGGGGCCAACAACUUGGCCCAUUGCUAUCGCUACCAACUCGGUGCCUUAGUCUAUAAUUUUAAUUCUCUUUAAGUUUUCACAUUUUUUUUUAAUAAUUGUGCUACCAUUUUCGUUAAAACUUCAUAAGCAAAGAAUUUAUUACAAACACUCAUGCUAUUUUAAAAACUUUGAACAAACUUCACAUAGUUAUAGAAUGACAAACUUUUAAUUUUGUUAAUUGUUAGUGUGUAAGUAGUUUAGUUUAGUUAGAUAAACGUUAUGCCACAAUAAAUCGACAUCGAUUUUGAUGAUAUUUAUAAACAAGACUGUUUCAAUCAUGACCAAAUUGAUGAGGAAACUUUUUUAAAUUUAACGGAUAAAUGUCAAAUGCAAAUUUAAAAAAUUUCACACCAG